UGCCGCUUAGGCGGGGGGGAGCGCGAGGCUUUGAGCUUCCUUCCAUCUGCCCCCCCCCAAUAUAGUUCAGGCUUUGGCUGGGCGACUAGGCCGCAUCCCCCCCUUGGGGGGGAGGGGGCCAGGUUGUUAUGGAGACCGGUUCUGGGGAUCCCCCAUCAUCCUCACCUCGGUAUAAUACCCCUCGUUCAACUCUACAUGCUCUGAAGGGGAUGGGCCCAAUUCCUGAGGCAUUAGGAGUGUCAGGAGACAACAUCUCAACUGUGCCCCUGGCAACAGCCAAGGCAGUAACAAUGGAAACCGUGGAAGCAACCAUGCCGACCAGCAGCACCACAGCAGCACCAUGCAGUGCCACAGAAAUGACAUUAACCAUGAUGACCGCAGAGAUGUCGCUUUUGGCCAACGAUGUGGGAAGCGUUGCAUCUUCUCUGCAGGUAGCAUCUGAUGCUAUCACUGCUGACAUUAUUCCUGUGAAAGACAGGCCUUCUGAGGAGACGGUACCUGUGACCAAUUUGGUGGUGUCCAUGCCUGCUACAGUAACGGUAAAUGGAACAUCAGUGGUGUCAUCCCAUGAUGUAAGGAUGAUGUCAUCACCUGUGGAUUUGCCUAAACAGACCGGUGUGAAGUCCCUGCCGGUUCCACCGGAAUCUCCAACGGUGGUGGUGGUGGCACCUAGUCCUGCAACACCACCAGAGAAGACUCCACCCACAACUCCAGAGGGUUUAGCUCCCAAUGAUCUUUCCACCCCACAGCUUCUGCAAGACAUGGGCUCCCAGUCCAGUCUGGGCCCGCUGGCAUGCAGGGCCCCUCCAGCGCCUGAUACCUUAAGCUACUUGGAUUCUGUCAGCCUCAUGUCCGGCACACUGGAAUCACUCACUGGCCCUGGAUUUUUUGAUGAUGCCAGCUCUCUGGGUUCGGAUUCUGAGAUCAAUGGACUGGCAUACCGCAAGACGGACAAAUAUGGCUUCCUAGGAGGCAGCCAAUAUUCUGUAUCAUUUGAAAGUUCUAUCCCUGUGGAUGUGGCCCGACAGAGGGAACUCAAGUGGCUGGAUAUGUUUUCCCACUGGGACAAAUGGCUAUCACGCAGAUUCCAGAAGGUGAAAUUACGCUGUCGAAAGGGGAUUCCUUCUUCCCUCCGUGCCAAAGCAUGGCAACUUCUCUCCAACAGCAAAGAACUUCUGGAUCAAAAUCAGGGGAAAUUUGAGGAGUUGGAACGUCAGAUUGGAGAUCCGAAGUGGCUUGACGUGAUUGAGAAAGACCUACACAGGCAGUUCCCUUUUCAUGAGAUGUUUGCAGCUCGAGGCGGCCAUGGGCAACAGGAUCUGUACCGCAUCCUGAAAGCCUACACCAUCUACCGCCCAGAUGAGGGCUAUUGCCAAGCACAGGCACCUGUGGCUGCCGUUCUGCUGAUGCACAUGCCUGCAGAGCAAGCUUUCUGGUGCCUGGUGCAAAUCUGUGAGAAAUAUCUCCCUGGCUACUACAGUGCUGGACUGGAGGCCAUCCAGCUGGAUGGGGAGAUCUUCUUUGCCCUGCUCCGACGAGCAUCCCCCAUUGCCUACCGCCACCUGAAGAGGUACAAGAUCGACCCCGUCCUGUAUAUGACCGAGUGGUUUAUGUGCAUCUUCUCCCGGACCUUACCCUGGAGCUCGGUGCUGCGAGUCUGGGAUAUGUUCUUCUGUGAAGGGGUGAAGAUAAUUUUUCGGGUGGGCCUGGUGCUGCUCCGAAACACACUAGGAUCCAUUGACAAGCUGCGCUCAUGCCAAGGCAUGUACGAGACAAUGGAGAAGCUGCGAAAUCUGCCUGUUCACUCCAUGCAAGAAGACUUCUUGGUUCACGAGGUCAUUAAUCUCCCAGUGACUGAAGCCCUCAUUGAGCGGGAGAACGCCACCCAGUUAAAGAAAUGGCGGGAGACCCGGGGCGAGCUGCAGUACAAGCCCUCCCGCCGGCUCCACGGCUCCCGAGCCAUCCACGAGGAGCGCUACCGCAUGAACCCUCCCCUGUCUGCCAGUGCCAGCCUGCUGAGCCUCACGGGCCUAAAGCAGAGGGUGUCCCUCAGCAGCAGCGGUGGCCCUUCCUUCUCCCCAGCACACUCCGUCAGCUCCCUGGCUGUGUCGGCGGCCCCCCCUCCAGUCCCUCCUGGCGCUCAGAGCCAGGUGGUGGUGUCCGAGGGCCUCCACCCUGCCUUGCCCUCCCCCACUGGGAAUAACAUGCCCCUGGGGGGGCCCAAGAAGGGGAGCAGCAGCAAAGAAGAGAAACGGAAGGAGAAGGAGCGGGAGAAGCAGGAGAGGAUGGACAAGGAGAGGCAGAAGCAGGAGAAGGAGCGCGAGAAGAAGCUGCAGAAGGAGCGGGAGAAGCAGGAGAAGGAGCGGGAGAAGAAGCAGCAGAAGGAAAGAGCCAAAGAGGAAGCCAAGCUGAAGAAAGAGAGGAAGUUGUCUCUGAGGAAAAAGGAACCCAAAACAGCCCCUCUGCCACCCACUGAGGGAGGGAAAGAUGGGGAAACGCCCGGGGCAUCAGUGCUUCAUGACACAUACUUUUGAACAGGGCUGGGGGCAUCACAUGCCCCAGCGACUCCCUCCCACCAGCCAAGGACCAAGGUGGUGGCUGCUGCCAGAGAUUUACUGUGGUAGGGGGACCCAGAGGGCAGGAGGAGGUGUGCCCGAGGGCACGGCUGCUGUGCACUGAACCACCCAAGUUAAGGCCACAGUAGGGAGGAGGGUAUUUAACUCGCAUCCGCAUUUUCAUCUCCCUUUCUGUGCCUGAGGUGGAACUGACCCCCUUCCCUCCUCAGUCUUCUCUCAUGAAAAGGGCCAAAACAGAAUGGCUGCUGUGUUCAUAGUGGCUGCAGAAGAUGGCUGCCCCACGGUGGGUUUUGCCAAAGCCGGUGGGUGCAAAUGCACAACCCACCCCCCUCCCCCCUCCCUCCCCAAGGGUUGGAGUAUUCACUAAGGAGGUAAUCAUAUUACUAAUAAUAACUCCAACGUCCCCCUCUCAAGUAUUGUACAUAGAACCAUCUCUUGAUACACCUGUCUAACCACUCCAGGCUACGUCUGCCCAGAGGGCUAGUUUUAAGAGCAACCUACAGUCUUUCCUCCCCAGCCCCCCAAUAUAUUAACAAACCCCUCUUCCAUUGCAAGUUGGGUUGGCCCUUGUGACUGUACUGCAUAUUCUUUCCUAGCUGCUCCCCAAACUGGAUAGACUCCCGGAAGGCACUUAUAUCCUGUUGAGCCCUCCUUCUUGUGCAAAUGUGCGUGCGCACGCAGAGAUGCCUGCCAUGCACGGUGGUCUACAGGCUGAGACAGCUGCCUUGUUUUCUGACAGAAUCUGUCUGUCUGGAGGUUCGCUUGACAAGACAUUUAACCAGGGGGGCUUUUCCCAUCAUGGACAUCUAGUGGACAGGGAAGCUGGGCAUGAUUGACUUCUUCCUGUCGUUGGAGCCAUUAGAGGCAGAAGGCCUGUGGUGCUGGAUGGAGGGUAAUCCGAGGACCCUGCUGCCCACACACUUGGCCAUUUGGCUGCUCCUAUGCAAGGGUUUCUUAGCAGUGGUCAGAAAAAAGCAAAGCAUCGGUGCCUAGAAAUGUCUUACUGAGUUACCUGGCCAAGAGGAGGAAUGAGAUCGGCCCAGGAUGAGGGGGGUAUUUUAUGAGCUCCCUCCCCCCUUUGUUAGGCACACAGUCAAGAGAUUUCCACUCCCCUGUGAGAAGCGAGAUCUGUUCCCCUGUCCUUGAGUAUUACCUUUUGGCACAAACAUUCCUGAGUCAUGCGAUGGUGGAUAACUUCUGUUUGGCCAGCUGCAGCUUGUAGACAAGAGAGGCAGCUGCAUUUCUUGGGAUCUUCAGCUGCUGAGGGCAGACUUUGGUAAGCUGUUUCUCCCCAAGCACUGGUGCCUGUGUACUAUAAAAACACAUCUUUGCCCUUCAUUAUUCGACAGAUCCAGUCUCUCCCCCACCCCCUUUGUUGGAUACAAAGGACGCAUCUCCAUUACAAGAUUAAACCAGUUGUGAGUUAGUUUUAACCUGCAUGGGUUUGUCCAGAGGCUUUAGGAAUUGUAGUUUUGUAAGGAUGCUGAGAGUUCUUUCAUAGGUCCACAUGUAGCUUUCCCCAACCUGGGUUCCUGGACCUCACUUCCAGCAUCCUCCAGCCAAGCAACUGGAGGUGCACCAGCUUGGGGAAGGCUGCUCCGUGCUCUCUUCACUAAACUUGGAAGGCUUCUUGAGCCGUGAUAGUUAAAACUGCUUGAAAGCUGGUUUUAUUUUGUUAAUGCAGAACUACAUUCCUAAAUGGUGCAUGCUCUACUCCCUCGUCCCUCAAUGAAAAACAAACCCGUGUCCUUUUUAAAUAACUGGAAUGUAUUUUCUUUGUGGUACGCUGUGCGACCAUAAAGGGGUCCCUUCUCCUUUUAUGUUACCAUGACGCUGGCAUUGGCUCAGUAGGCCUUUCAUGGUAGAGCAGAAUGCAGCUGGUCGGAUUCUGGUUUCUGUUCUGUGCUGUCUAGGGAGGCCCAGGAUGCUAAUGGGACCAGCAGAUUUGCAAGAACUAAAGAUUAGAACUGUAGGGGUCUGGGAAACUGCGAGACUGAACUUUUUGCUGCCUUGGAGUCAGAUUGGGCUAAGGCAACAAGCUUGGACUCAUGUAUGUCCACGACUCUUGUUCCUUUUGCUUUCACUUUCUGCAGCAUUGUUUUCUCUUAGGUCGCAUUCUCUGCAGUUGUGAGCAGAUUGCAAAUGAAGACCCUCAUUCAAAGCCUUGCUUCCCAGAAUACACCUGCCCCAAAUUGUGGUUUCUCCUUGAGCCAAAAGUCCUAUCUGCAACUUAGCAAAAAAGCUCCAUUAGCCCCUCCUGUUCUCUGUAUAUACCUUUUCUCUAUAACACACACACAUAUAUAUGUUUCAGUAUUGUAAUUAUGUAUACAGAUACUUGGGAUUUUUUUUUUUUUUUUUUUUUUUUGAUCUCGUGCUCUUAUUUAAUGGGACAGACACUGGAAAUUAGGAAUUCAUUUUCUCCCUUGCCUUUUAAAAUUUUUUAGGUUUUUUUUUUUUUUUUACCACCACCCUUAAUCAGGAAGAGCAGAAAAUUGAAAGUUUACAGCUCAUAUCUCCUUGCUGUCCUACUUGUUAAUAUUUUUCUUUCUUACUUUUUUGUGCCUCAUUCUCAUUGGACCCCCACUCCUCAACUGCUUUGUUUAAAAAUGUUAACAAAACAAAAUGAAGUUCA